AAGGCUAUAAAUAAUAGCAGAAUCAGUGCUCAGCGUUUCAUAUUGUAUGAGUGAGUGUGCUAGUUUGUAGUGUGGAUGCGUGCUUGUAAUAUUUAUAUGAAACAUUUUGUAACUAAUUUAUUUUAAAGAAUAUCAGAUUUUAUAACGCACUUUAAGAACAAGAACGAAGCUUACUUGGAGUAUUCACUAUGGUUGCAACAAGCACACUGAAGAAUAAGAACUCGGAUUGCAUCUCAGAAUUUAUUGACCGAGGGUUCGAGCGGUCUUGCAUAGAUAACGAGCUGGACUUCUGGGAGCGGUGCCUGGCCGAGCCUUACCUGGGCACGGAGGCGUGCGAGGAAAGAGCCUGCCAGGAGCUGGCACGGCUGCUGGAGGGCUGCCUGGCACGGGCCAAGGCCAGCACGCUGCAGUGCGCACAGGUGCUGGUACCAGAGAUGCUGACUCGGCGGGUAGCACGCGAUGUUCUGCGACUUGCUGCGGGCGAGCCGUGUGGCCUGCGUGGCUGCGUGCUGGACGUACGCUUGGAGCUGGACGAGCGGCAGCAGGUGCAUGGUUGCUGCUGCGAGCGUCUUGAGCGCCUGGCAUGUGAUGCCAGCGUGGUGCCCACCUUCGAGCUCACACUGGUCUUCAAGCAGGACGGCGGUGGCUGGCUGGGCCUACGAGACUUCCUGCGCAUCGGCACCUGCUUCCCACCCGGUUCCCGACGUGCGCUCAAGCUCCGCCCCGGGUUCCGCCUGGUUAAGAAGAAACUCUACUCUUCGGCGGCCGGUACCGUGAUCGAGGAGUGCUGAGCUGUGGGGUGGGAUUGGUUAAGGUUAAAAAGCACUUCAACACCAAGAUGUGAAUGUAAGGGAUUGCCCUUUGGAGCAGCUCCAGUGGUUUUUUUUGCACUUUCUUUUUAUACUGUAAAUGAGUUAAGUUGCGUCAUUGUAUGUUAAGCUUGAGGUGCAUAGAUUGGUGCACCAAUAAGAUUUGAUUUGGUGAAGGGGUUUACUGUGUUUGUAGAGGAUUAGUGUGGCUGAUUUUCAGGAGACUGUGCCCAUAAUUGUGUGCCAUCUUAGUGAUAAUGUGUAUUGGAUAUUUCUAGAAUUUUUGGAGCACUUACAUUGUUUACACUGUGGUUGCCCAGUGUCUUUCCCAUCACACAAUUCAGCCCAACAUUUUUCACCUUAGAUUUAUUUGUAUUUUUUAAGGGGUAGCAGUAAUCAUUUCACCACCAGUUGUGAGGCACAUGUUUCUGAAUGUACUGUCCUUUUGUCAUAAUGUCUGUGCUUGACAUGCUGCUGAAGAUACCCAAUCUUUAAAAACGUUAAAAGAUUUCUAAUUUUCAAUGUUCAAAAAAUUGUUUUGUCUCUCUAGUAAGCUUACCUUGUCAAGUGCUUGUUCAGUGCUUGGCUAGUCUCCUCCCACUCCCAACACGUUCUCUCUAUUUGAUCACUUUUAGCUGCAGUGCUGUUCCAGUAACUGGAUGUAUUUUUUUACGAAUUUCCUAUUACAGGAAGUGGAAACUGUUGUCUAUUUGACAAUAAACUAUUUUCAAAAUA